UCGUCCCCUUCCUCCCUCGACCGUCGCCGGCCGCCGCUCCUCAUACUUGACCCGCCGCAUGCCGCCGUAUCUCCCGGCCGCAUGGGGCCACUCUGUCCACCGCCCGUCCCCUCUUACUCUUCGACCCCGCCCACACGCGCGUGAUCUCUCUGGCGACGGCAUCCCUUCAACCUUCCCGCGCAUCAGGUCGUUGCGGAUGCGGGCGGCGCCGGCCGCUGAGCAGCGUGACCCUUCAGGUAAAGGCGAGUUGUAGCUGCACUGGAAAAGGUAGUAACGGAGUGGAGCUCAUCGGUGGGGUAGCCGUUCACGGCGGUGGCGGUGGCGGCGGGGGUUUGAGCAUUUUAGGUGAGAUCGCGGACAGGGAUGCGCGUCGCGGGGAACAUUUGAGACGCCGGCAGGGGAGGCAGCGCCAGCAGCCAGCCGGAGGAGCAACGGCGGCCUAUCUGGUAAAAACGACCCAGUCAAUUCCUGAAGAUAGAUGCCGAUGUCACUUGCUGAGUAGGAACCCUACUUGGUCAAAGCAAUCAGGGGGUAAUUAAGGACAAGGUAUGAACAACUUCUUUUAUUUUAUUUUUGCGGGUAACGUAUGAACAAUUUGUGAUUAGAGAACGUGGAACAUAGCCCAUAAGGAUUUCUUUAUCCCUAGGGUAGCUCAAUUACGCCAUUAGUUUAGUGGACGCAACGACUGUCAUCGUGUAUAAUUGCAGCCCAACUUGCUCUACUACACCCCACACUAAUCUCGCUGGAGGAUAACGACGCUCUAGCUACCAUUAAAGCGUUGACGCUGCAGCCUGGGGUCGUCGUCGCCUUCCUCUAAGCUCGGGAUCCAGAGCACCGUGGUGAUCCAGAUCUCACCGAUCUCUGCUGUCUGCUCGCCGGCCCGGGGCGGGUGGGUUCUACAGGACUACUUGGUUCAUUAUACUUCGUUGCCGUUGGUACUGCACCGUGGUGUUAAUUACAAAUGGAUACCGAAAUUAUUAUCAGACACAAAGAUGACCUGGAACGCAUGCUGCUUGAUGGAAAUGCAGAGCCAACGUACCUGCCGUUAUCACUUUUAGAAGAUAUCACAAACUGUUUCUCCGAUGCUCAGCAAAUAGGCAGUGGUGGGUUCGAGGUGGUUUAUUACCUUGAUAAGUAUAUUACCGAUGCGUCUUGCGGACUUGAAUGGAGGAAGCGCUAUAAGAUUAUCAAGGGAAUAUGUGAGGGCUUACUUCAUCUUCAUGACUUAUGCAUUCUCCACUUGGAUCUGAAGCCUGGUAAUAUAUUGGUAGAUGAACACAUGGCACCCAAAAUUGCUGAUUUUGGUCUAUCAAGGUGGUUGGCACUUGGAUGAAUCGGUUGGAGGGAUCACAUGGAUGGGAGACACAGAUGGAGCAAGUAAAAGUAUGCAUUAAGAUAGGGGUACAGUGCAUGGAGUCGGACCGAAAGAAGAGGCCUGUUGCACGUCAUAUAAUUGACAGGCUUGAUGACACAGCAAAUACCGUCGAAGCUGGUAUCAAUAGUUCAUCAGUUGACGACCAGGUUGGUUUUCUAAAGGAACAAUAUUGUGAAGAGAAAAUUGCAGAUCUUUCAUCUGAGUACAUGGGAAAGGGUAUCAGGGAAUCCUCUGAAACAGAAGAACUCGCGGAACAUGUUGGGACACUAAGAGAAGAACAUUGGCAGCAAGAACAAGAAGAUGCUCCAGUUGAUCUAUGGUCAUCAUGCUGGGAACAGCAAUAUACGGAGCAACAAGGUGCAAGCAUUUCUAGCUCUAACUCUGGUGUGUUUCAUAAGUUGAAGAAUCUGGACAUCUUCGGCAGAAAAGCACCCAGGGAUCUUUACUCGAGGAAGGGUGGGCCUAGAUUGGACUUUCCAAAUUUGAGAAAGUUCAAACAGGGUGAGCUUGAGCCAAUUUUGAAGUAUGAGAAUCUUAUUAUAAAAGAUGUCUUUGGAGAAGUUUACAGAGGCCUUGUCUGCAAUGUACCAAUAACAGUUAGGAAGCUGAUUAGUGAAACUGAAUGUUUAGAUGAAAUCGUAAUCCAGUCUCAAGUCAUUCACAAAAACAUAGUUAGGCUCAGAGGCUGUUGCCUUGAAUUUGACAACCACAUGCUAGUCUAUGACUUCCUCUCCACGGAUAGCCUGCAUGACAUUCUUCACAUCAACGUCGAGGUGCCUCUCAACCUUGGCGUGCGAUUAAGUAUUGCUGCAGCAUCAGCAGGUGCGCUAGCUUAUGCGCAUUCAAAGGCGAGUAUCAAACUUCUCCAUGGUGAUCUUAAACCAGCAAAUAUACUCUUCAAUGGCAACUUUGUGCCAAAGAUCUUUGGCUUUGGCCUGUCAAGGAUGGCUGGCAGCCAAAUCAUUCCUGACAUAUCUUAUAUGGAUCCGGUAUACCUAGAAACAGGCCGGCUAACUAAAAAAAGUGAUGUCUACAGUUUUGGACUUAUCAUCUUGGAGCUUCUUACAAGGAAGAAGGCAACAAAUCCUGACAAUAACAGCUUAGUAAGGAAUUUCCUUGAGAAUCACAAGCAUGGGAGGAAAUCAACCGAAUUUUUUGACAAGGAAAUUGCAGUGACAGGAGAUUUGGCGCUCCUUGACAAUCUGGCAGAUAUUGCUGGGGAGUGUCUUAUCCUUGAUGUGGACCUAAGACCGGGAAUGAAAGAGGUUGAACGGCGCAUUGUGCUGAUUCAAUCCCGUAAGUUGUGAGUGGACAAGUCGAUGCAUUUACAUGUAGAGUUUGAACAUAUAUGUUGUGUCGAAUAAGCUAACCUGGUCUGGAACUGUGGCUUCCAUUUUAUUCGUACCAUCCUUAUGAUUUUAGUUAUUAA